AUGAUGGACGUGCCCCCGGAAGUUUUGCACCGCAUUCUCGACAAGUUGCCAAUCAAGAACGUGCUGAAACUUCGCCCGGUCCACCGAGCCUUCAACAAUUAUUUUCGGCAUGUGCGGAAAACGUGCGACUUCUUCGCGGUCACGUUGUCACGACCAGGCGAGCAGUCGCCCACCGUGCUAAAAUUCGAACGUCGAGGCCGGACGUGGGAUCAAUUUGUGAAAAUUUUUGGCACUAAUCGCCACUUGGAUGUCGAAGUGCUGAUGUUGUCGACAGUCGGCUCGUGCGCGCUUGAUCUGGGAGAACUAGGGCCACUCGCCGCAACUGGCCGUUUGCGGGGCCGGAUUGUUCAGAUUUGCGAGGCGAAAAUCGACGAGCCUUCGCGGGCUUUUAUCAAGAAUGUCCGCCCAGAAAUCAUCCACGUCAGCCAGUUGUCAGGGCGUGAGGAUAGCUGGGUGCCGGUGCCUUCAACAUGUACGAAGAUUACUGUGUACUGGGCUGCGGCAUGGGGCCCGCCGACCCAGGGUGGGCGCAUACAGCAAGGGUUUUACAAUACUGUAAUCGACCUCACGGAAGCUACCAGCUUGACAGAGGUCUUUAUCAACCGCGUGGAAGAAAGGGUGCUGACUUCUGAGGCGGCGAAGAUAACCUUGAAUAAACUUCGCACCGGGACCGAGACCAAGGCAACGAUCGACGCAUUAAUCGCGGAGUUGAACAGCGGCCCCCGAGACCGAGAUACCUGGCAAUACGAAUUUGCAAACAAUCGCCAUUAUAUUAACCAUCCCAACGUCUCAUUUUUCAUUAACAAGCCGACGGAGAGU